AUGCCUGCCGAUUCUGUUCCAGUAUUCUUGAAUCGUGAUAAUAAUGGUCCACCAUCAGAUAAAUUAUUAGUUGCAACGGAGAACAAUCCUCUAUUGGCAACAACAUCUACUACAGUCAAUACCAAUAAAGAUUUUCCUGAACAAAAUAUGCAACAAAUCAAUGAAACAACAACACAUGCUCAAGAGUCAAAAGUGAAUAAAACUCAAGUAUCAGUCAAUGCAAAUUCAGCAGAUAGAUUCCAACCUGACAUCACUACUGUUCAGCAAUCAACAAAGAAGGUGCUGUUCGUUAUUGCAGAUGGUAUUCCUGCAGAUGUUAUUGAAGCUGUUUCGGUUACGAACAUUCGAAAGAUUAUCGACAUUGGACGAUAUACAAGAGCUUAUGUAGGAGGAAUCCGUGGCACAUAUUCGGAGACGCCAACGGUUUCUGCGCCGGGUUACAUGGAUCUUAUUACCGGUACAUGGGUUCAGUUGAUUAAAAUUAAUUUAAAAGGAUCAUAUAUUUAG